GAGAGUCUAAAGGAAGGGGAGGAGAGAGAAAGGAGCCUAGAGCUGGAGAAAGGAGGAGGGGGGAUCUAGCAGAGCGGUGGAGCGAGGGCCAGCCAGUGAGCCGGAGCAAUCCGUAGCAGGGAGGGGAGAGGAGGCGGGAGAGCGGCCAGAGGAAGGGAAAGAAGAGGAGGGGCGGGGAGGAGAGAGGAGGUACCCCCCUCCCCAGGCCACAGCGGUAGGCCCCUGCUCCCUGGCUGACUGGACGCCCUCACCCUAUGGGGGGAGCAGCAACAGCUCUAGGGCCAUAACGACCCCUGCCCACCCCCGGAGGGGUGAGUUCCUGGCCCCCAGAAGGUCGGGUCCUCCUCACCCCAGGCUGAAUGGAGCCACGGGAGGGCGAAGGGGAAGGGGAAGGGGGCCCAUCGGCUCCCGAUGCCCUGGGGAGCAGCCUGUCCCUGGCAGCCCCCAGCGGGCCCCCUAGCUUCGAGUCGCUGUUCUCGCAGGUGGGGGUGGUGGGGAGGGCCCAGCAGGUGCAGCUAGGCUUGAGCUGCCUGCCCCUGCUCUUCGUGGCCCUGGCUCUGGCCUCAGACCCCCUCCUCACGCUGGUGCCGCCCCUGAGAUGCCGCCUGGGCCCUCCCUCCGCCAAUGCCUCCGAGUGGGAGCCGACCCUCAACACCAGCGAAGAGGCCUGCCCCCCGCCCCCGCCCAACAGCACCCGGUGCCCCCAUGGCUGGGACUACAGCGGGCUCCCCGUCCUCACCAACAACAUGGUCACCGAGUGGGAUCUAGUCUGUGAGAGGGGCUGGGAGGUAACCCUGGAGCAGAUCCUCUUCCUCUUAGGCUUUGCCUGUGGCUACCUGAGUCUGGGCCAUCCUGCAGACAGGGUAGGACGUCGAGGGGUUAUCCUGCUGGCCUUGGGGCUAGCCGGUCCCUGUGGGGUCGGAGGGGCCGCGGCUGGCUCCCCACCCAGCCUUACUGCUCUUCGAUUCCUUCUGGGCUUCACGCUAGCCGGGGCUGACCUCGGCCUCUACCUGACCCGCCUGGAGUUAUGUGAGCCCUCCCAGCGGCUCCGAGCAGUCCUGGCAGGAGAGCUGAUGGGAGUAGUGGGACAGUUUCUGCUCCUGGGCCUGGCUCUGGCCUGCAAAGACUGGAGACUUCUGCUCAGACUGAUCACAGCUCCCUGCAUCCUCUUCUUGCUCUAUGGCUGGCCAGGUGUCUUCUUGGAGUCUUCAAGGUGGCUCUUGGUGUCUCGUCGGACCACAGAGGCCCAGACUGUGUUGAGAAUUCUGGCUCAAAGGAACAGACCAAGGGGGGAGCCCCUGGGGGAUGAAGCUGAAGAAGCCCUUCGAGAUUUGGAGAACACUUGUCCCCUUCCAGCCGCUGCCCAGAUCUCCCUCUCAGCCUUGCUUAGCUGUCGAAACAUUUGGAAAAACCUGCUUAUCCUGGGCUUCACCACCUUCAUUGCCCAUGGGAUUAGGCAUUGCUACCAGCUUGUGGGAGGAGGAGUGGGACGGAAGUCCCAGGUCGACUUCAACCUGUAUUCCCUGCUGGCUGGUGGCACAGCAGGCUUGGCCUGUGUCUUCCUGGGGGUUACCGUUGACCGUUUCGGCCGCCGGGGCAUCCUGCUGCUCACAAUGACCUUCACCGGCAUUGCCUCUCUUGUGCUGUUGGGCUUGAGAGAUUAUCUGAAUGAUGUGGCUAUCACAACGUUCUCCAUUCUUGGCCUCUUCUUCUCCCAAGCUGCCGGAGUCCUUAGCAUCCUUCUUGCGGCCGAGGUCAUCCCUACAACAGUCCGGGGACGGGGCUUGGGCUUAAUCCUGGCACUGGGGGCACUGGGUCAGCUGAGUGGUCCAGUACAGCGUCUCCAUGCUGGUCGUGGUGCCUUCCUGCAGCAUGUGGUCUUGGCAGCCUGUGCCCUCCUCUGCAUCGUCAGCAUCAUGCUGCUGCCUGAAAGCAAACGCAAAGCCCUUCCAGAGGCCCUGAGGGACGGAGAGCUCUGUCGUCGGCCCUCCUUGCUAAGGCCACCCCCCCCAACCCGUUGUGAUCAUGUCCCACUGCUUGCCACGCCAACACCUGCCCUCUGAGUGCCAUGGGGGGAUGCUGACAGGAGAAUGGAGGGCACUACUUUUGAAAUGCAGAGGCUAACAGAUGCCAUGAUGGAGAUAGGAAACCCCAGAGCAUGCCAUGCUGGUUAUAGGAAGGCCAGGGUACGCCAAGAGUGGACCACAGACAUGAAGGAAGUUGAGUGAACCUUCUCCAAUAGGAAUAUGGAGUUCACAAAGGCCACACAGAAAGCAGAGUUCAGCACAUCCCAGCCUGUGGGAUGCCACAUUUAGACAAGGGGAGAUCAAAAGCCUGCUUCCCUUACUCCUCCCUGCUAUUUUGUGGUCCCCCUGUCUGGGGAAAGGAUCAUGGAUUUCCGUAUGGUGAUCCCCUUGCAGAGGACACAGGUGUGGACUGCAGUAAGAGCAGCAGGGCUCUCUCUAACCUCACCCAGGGAUACACAAUAAAGAAAUUUUAAAUGGAAGAACAAUGAGGAGUCUGAACUUUCCUCCUCUUUUUUUUUUUGGACUGUCCUGUACGUGGCCAUCUCUUGUGAAGGGAGGGUGUCUCUGAGGUCUGAAACAUACCAAUCCCGUAUCCCGCCAUUUCCUCCCUCUCACUGGGCUCUGGAGAAAUGAUUUUUGCUACUUUCCUUCAUCAGCUAUUGUCCCAUGAACAGCUACUAGAACAACUCCUAGGGAUGGAAGAGAAUAGCCUUAACGGGGCUGGAAUAUUUCAUUUGGGGAUCUGUUCUCUCCUGUUACCACACCUAAAUUCCUUCAAGAAAGAUUUAGAUGCAGGAAUGGGAAGCGGCUGCCCAGACCAGGAGCUGAUUAUCAACCCCAUGAAUUACUUCAUUCAUGCAACAAAGAUGUAUUGAGCCUCCGUGUGUUCUAGGUCCUAUGGGAAGAAAUGAGGAGGCACUGCAUCACAGGUGCCCUCUGCCCUCAAGAAGCAUAUUAUGAUCUGGUUGGAAGUCAACACAUGUCAAAACUAAACAAUACCAAGGCAAUUCAUGUAAAACAGCAGUUCAGAACCCUGCAGCUCAUCUCGGAGCCUGCUUACUCAAAUGUGAAAUGGAAUUCUUAUUGCUUGCACUCCCUAUUUGAUCAUGUUGGUGGGAAAGAAAUGCUUGUAAACUACAAUGUUCUAGAGAAAUGUAUGCUAUUAUUAUUACAAGUGCCAUAAAAGUUUAGAGGAAGAAGAGAGCACCUAGAAUGAGAGGCAGAGUAGGAGAGUAGGAUAGUGUUGGGACUUAGGGUCAGAGGUCCCGAGUCCAAAUCCCUCCUCUAUCACUGCUUAUGUGACCUUAUACCAGUCCAUUCUCUCUGAGUUUCAGUGUCCUUAACUGUAAAACAGAUUGAAUGAGAUAAAUUUAAGGUCUCUUUCAACUCUAAACCUAUCAUCCUUUGAUUAGUGUUCAUUGGGAUGUUAAGAGCUGAAUGGAUCUUUAGAGGUUAGUCCAAUCUCCUCAUUUUACGAAUAGGGGAACCAAGGUCCAGAGAAAUAACUUGUCUAUAGUCACUGAAGGCUGAAGUGACCAGAAGACCUCACUGGGGGUGUUUGGAGAAGGUGGGAGAAGGGAUAAGGAUCUCCAUUUGGGGCUUGAAAAGUAGGAUUUGUUUAGGUAAAGACCAAGAAAGAUACUUCCAGUGUGUGGGCAGAGCAUGAAGACAAGAAUCGAAUAAGCAUAGUAUUUUCAGUGGUCAGUUGUUUUAGGCAAGAGAUAGUAAGAGCUCUUUUAAGGAAAGAAUAACUGCAGGGCUAUGUGGACUAAUAAAAUCAUAUAUGAGAAAGCACUUUUGAGAUCUUUAAGAGGAAAAAAUCCCAUAUAAACCUAAGGUUGUUUCCUAUGGAAUAGGGAAACAAACCCCUUUGUAAUUCUUCAUUAAAAGGGCAGUGCUCUUAAAAUUUGGACCAAGAAAUUCUGGGAUGCACAGUCACUGGAAGUAUCAAAGAAAAGAUAAGUAGGAGUCAGAAUUCCCCCUAUCAGCUUGGGUUAUGGGUAAUAUGGAAAUAAUGCCCCACCUACAUCUAUCUACCUCUGGAGAUUUUGUGUGAACUGAGUAUUAAAAUCAUAUAUGGGAAAGGUC